CUAUGCAAAUGUCGCUUGAUAAGGACUGUGCGCUCAUAUAUUCCGUCUCAACCCGAGUCGCUCUUUCUACUUCGCCUGACACAGGGGAGUAGCAGCAGAACUAGUCUAGCACCGCACUUUUGGGGGAAAUAGAGAGAGAGAGCCCGAGUAAGCAACAAUGAGGACCACGGCUGAAUUGAAAGCUUUUAUGAAACAGAGAAGAAUGGGGCUGAACGAUUUCAUUCAGAAGCUUGCCACAAACUCCUAUGCGUGCAAGCACCCAGAGGUGCAGUCCAUACUGAACCUGACCCCCCCUCAAGAUCCAGAACUUAUGAACAGCAACCCCUCCCCUCCACCAAGUCCCUCGCAGCAGAUUAACCUGGGCCCCUCGUCCAACCCCACCGCCAAGCCCUCGGACUUCAACUUCCUCAAGGUCAUCGGCAAGGGCAGCUUCGGCAAAGUCCUGCUAGCGCGCCACCGCAGCGAUGACAAGUUCUACGCCGUCAAAGUCCUGCAGAAGAAGGCCAUCCUGAAGAAGAAAGAGGAGAAGCACAUUAUGUCCGAACGGAAUGUCCUCCUCAAGAAUGUGAAACACCCGUUCCUGGUUGGGCUGCACUACUCCUUCCAGACCACAGACAAACUUUACUUCGUCCUGGACUACAUCAACGGAGGAGAGCUGUUCUACCACCUGCAGAGGGAGCGGUGCUUCCUGGAGCCGCGCGCACGGUUCUACGCGGCGGAGAUCGCCAGCGCGUUGGGCUACCUGCACUCGCUCAACAUCGUGUACCGCGACCUCAAGCCAGAGAACAUCUUGCUCGACUCGCAAGGCCACAUCAUUCUCACCGAUUUCGGCCUGUGCAAAGAGAACAUCGAGCCCAACGGAACCACGUCCACAUUCUGCGGCACGCCAGAGUAUCUGGCGCCAGAGGUGUUACACAAGCAGCCGUACGACCGGACAGUGGACUGGUGGUGUCUCGGCGCUGUGCUCUACGAGAUGCUCUACGGCCUGCCGCCUUUCUACAGUCGCAACACGGCAGAGAUGUACGAUAACAUCCUGAACAAGCCCCUGCAGCUGAAGCCCAACAUCUCCAACGCAGCACGCCACCUACUGGAGGGACUUCUACAGAAGGACCGCACCAAGAGGAUCGGCUGCACAGACGACUUUACUGAAAUCAAGAACCACAUGUUUUUCUCCCCAAUCAACUGGGAUGACCUGAAUGGCAAGAAGAUCACCCCUCCCUUUAACCCUAACGUGACGGGCCCGAGUGACCUUCGGCACUUUGACCCUGAGUUCACCGACGAGCCCGUGCCCAGCUCCAUCGGCUGCUCACCGGACAGCUCGCUGGUGACGGCCAGCAUCAAGGAGGCCGCCGAGGCCUUCCUGGGCUUCUCCUACGCGCCCGCCAUGGACUCCUACCUGUAGCACGCCAACUCUCUCUCUCUCUCACACACACACACACACACACACACAAGUGGACCUGUAUCCCCUCACCACCAACGGACUCCCCUUGCUUGUAGCGCCUCCCUCUGCCACUGGAGCCGAUUGCAUCCCUGCAUUGAGAAGACGACCAUUACUUUGGAUAAUGGACUACUAACUAAUGCCCAUCGGAACCUCCUGAAUUGCCCCCCCCCCCCAAGCCCCUCCUUGGAAUGAAGAUAUUUGCACAUGGCUUUAGGCAGCUCACCAGGCUCUCUUGGCCAAUGAGGACCUUUAAACAGAACAACUGAGAGAACUCUCUUCAUCAUCAUCAUCAUCAUCAUUACCUGAUUAUCAUGAUUAUAUCAUCAUCAUCGUCGUUGUCAUGGUUACCCCUCUUCAUAGGAUCCUGUGAUGCCUCUGUAGAAUGUCACCAUAUCCGAUGGAGGGAGGAAUAGAAGGAUGAACAGAUAAAAAGAUGAUAGAGAGAUUAUCAAGAGAAGAGAAACUGUGCUAGUGUUUUUUUUUUUGUUUUAUUUAUUUUAUGUUUGUUUCUAAUUAGUUUGCUUGUUUGUUGUUCAAGAGUGAGGUGGAUGGCCGGAGUGUUAGUGUUACAGAGGUGUGUGUGUGAGUGUGUGUGUGUGUGUGUGUGUGUGUGUGUGUGUGUGUGCAUGUUGUAUCUGAACGGUGCCUUUUCCGGCCACCUGUCACCCUUCUGUCGUGGUUGAACUCACACAAACUCCGUAUUUAUGUUAUUGUCGUCGUCAUUGUCAUUGUUGUCAUUUUUAUUUUUUUACUAAUCACAUGACCUGUUCUCUAGGUCUGAUGAUUGUCUGUCAUAUUUAGGGGCAUUCUGUAGUCGUCGUCUGUUGUCUUGUGUCACCUAGCGGCAGCUGACAUGGCUGUCUGUCACCGUGGCUAAAUGUACUGUGCAGUCAGCAGUUGUCGCUAUGAGAUCCUACUAAAGAAACGCACAGAUAGUUUUGUUUGUGUUUUUUUUGUUUGUUUGUUUUUGUUGACUGGAAGCAGGGCGGCAGAGGUGAUGCUGCUACGCUUGUGUAAAUAGGGACCUGCUGGACCAAAGGAUGUCAGAACGAGAAGCCGACCUAUCAGACCAGUCACCUUAGUCUUCCAGCCGCCUCUAUGAUGUAAUAAUAGGGUUCAGACAUGCAUUCCAACAUUCUGGACCAUACAUUCCAUUUAAUAUGACUAUGUUCCACUAUUUAAGUUUGUUUGUAUAUUUCGAGUCUGUGUACUAGUUUUAUUGUAUAUGGAACAGAUAUAUAUACAUAUAUAUAUAUAUAUGUAUAUGUAUAUGUAUAUAUGAAACUGACAAAAGGUAUGCUUGUAUGUAACAAUUACUGUCAGAUGUACUGUAAAGUUGUAAAAUGUUUGAUUUAUGUGACCUUGUAUGGUUUGCAAUAAAAGUUGAAUGUUAUUUUCCCCAAA